AUGUCGACAUCACUAAGGCUGCCUAUCGAACUUCGGAUGCAAUGGCUGCCACUCCUGUCGACGUCGCUACUGCUGUCUGCCGUCGCAGCCCAGAUGCCAUACAACCCGACACGCCUCCUCCACAACAAUAAUACCCUCUACGUCUUUCGCCCGUCGUCGCAAUCGUCUACGCAAUUCGCCCUGAGCACCAUCGAUCUAUCGUCCCAGGUCAAAGCGUCGAACCUGCCCUACAACACACUGUACGCUACGCUGCCCUUCCUCGACGACAAUGCCCCGCGCGCCUUCACCCCGGUGCUCGACCACGACGGCAAUCUGACGGUGUACACUGGCGACUGCACUCUGGGUGCGAGUGGUGGAGAGCUGUGGAGUUUUGUACCGGAUACCUCAGAGAAUGUCGUCAAGGGCAGUUGGAGCAAGCAGGAUGUUUCGGUGGUCGACAGUUCACAUACGUCCAUUAUGGGCGCGAACUACCUCAGCGGGGGCAUGACCUUCUCGUCUAUCGUGGGAGGGAAGGCUGCGAAUACCGGCGCAUACUUCUUCGGUGGCAUGUGCCCUGAUCAAAAUGAUACUGCGAGCGACUGGCAGUCUGCGGCCAACUACUCAAACUUCAUGGUCACCGUACAGCCUUCGGAGGAUACGAGCAAGCCACUCAACUACGACAUCGACGUCUCGUCCAGUCGCGGACCGCCUAUACCCGAAGCUGGGUUCACCAUCACGGGUCUUUCGCCAACCUUCUCCGACCGAAGCGAUGGAACGCAGAUACAACAGCAGAACUUUGUCCUCAUUGGAGGCCACACCAGUGCUGCCUUCAUCAACAUGUCGCAGAUUGCGCUCUUCUCCCUUCCGGAACAGGGCUGGACCUUCAUCGGCGUCGACCAACCCGACACUUCCCGUACAGACCUAGCUAUUCGAGCAGACGUCACCUCGAUCGAUCCUCGUUCCGGUCAUACCGCUGUGCUGAGUCCGGAUGGCCAGCAGAUCAUUAUAGUCGGAGGUUGGGUGGGCGAUAUCAAUACACCGGCAGACCCCCAGUUCGCUAUACUCAGCGUUGCAGAUGGCUAUGGUGGUGCUGGUGACUGGGAGUGGGUAGUUCCAUCCACUACUGGUACCGGGCUGCCGAACGACGGUGGUCUCUAUGGCCAUGGAGCGGCCAUGCUCCCAGGAGGCGUAUUGAUGAUUACCGGAGGCUAUUCAAUCCCAUCAUCCGGCACACAGCGAAGAGACGUCGCGCCAGCAGCCAACACGCAAACAUACUUACUCAACGUUACCUCGAAUACCUGGAUCUCGGAUUAUACUCCCCCGGUCAAAGAGUCGCCGUCAGAGUCUGCCAGUAGCGGCCUGUUGUCUACGACUGGACAAAAGGCUGGCUUGGGUGUCGGUGUUGGUAUCGGUUUGGCUGCGAUAUGUGGAGUGUUCGCGCUCUACAUGUGGUAUGCAAGGCGUAUGAAGAAGCGAAGGGAGUUCCGUGAAAAGCAACUGCAAGAGAUCUCCUACACUACUCACAGAUACAAUGCCGAAGACUACCCUCAAAGCUUCGAUGGCCGCGGCGGAAACUCAGAUGCUCUGGACUAUAUUACCGAUCAGAACGGGCCUUAUUACUUCCCAGCCGGUACACAGGGUGGACAAGGAUGGAAGGCCACCACACGGGGCGAUGUGGAAAGAACUGGACUAUUGGUCGAGGUCCCAAGUCCGACGCGUGGACUGCGACGCAACUUGAGCGGUAGACCUCAGUACGCCAUGGGCAGGCCCCGAGGUCCAGGAAGCAUACAUCCUAUCGAUGAGUUGGAGGAAGAGCCUGAUGAGGAGUCAGCGCACGACAAUAGUACACCGGGCAGGCAUCAGGAGAUGACAGAGACACGACAUAGAUCUGGGUCGGCAAUACUUGAUAACGCUCCAGUUUUGGAUCCUUUCACGGAGUCCCCUGGACGUAACAGGAACAUCCUUCAUUCGGCGUCCCCAUCGCCCCAACACCAGAGCUACGAGGUUAAUACCAAUUCAGCUGGAAGACUAUCGCCUGACAAGUCUACUUCGGAACGUACAAGCUCGAACCUCAGCGAGAGGAGUACGCUGUCCUGGACUUCAUCUAACGGCGGCGUUGGACGCAGUGCGUCCAUGCGUUCCGGGCCCAUGUUGAACACGGCCAUGCGUGCCAACCCGUUCAAGACGCCUGAUACAAGUCCUACUCAUGACAAGGCUGGCCGACACUCACCAGAAGACCCUCGAACGCAGUCCUUCAGUAGCCUGCAAGGAGAGCAGGAUGUCGACUCCUUCCGCACCGCACAAUCAUCAUUCUCCCGUCUACAAGCAGAAGGCGAGGUACUUCUUGGGGGAAAUCCAGAGCGACCAAGACCCGACACGAGCUCAUCCGGCUCAACCACACACCGCGACUCAGACCGCAGCAACAGUCGCGCAGCUACAGCCACACCAGCAACAUCCUUCGCACUAGACCUAUCAUCCGCCCCUCGUCCCGCAACCAGAGAGCGCAGAAUGAGCUGGCUAGGCAGCGUCCGCAGAGUACUAACACGCUCCGUCUCCAGCGCCGAACGCACGCGCUCCCUCACAACAGCACCAACCUAUCACGAGCCCUACAGAGACGAUCCGACCUCCCCCGUCGACCCCUCUCCCCGCUCCAUCAACAGGAAAUCUCUGCCUGCUCCCGCGACUACAAAUUCGACACCCCAACGCGCCGCCUCCGACGCAAGCUUCUGGCGCAACCGCCGCGGCAAGCAAGACUGGCUCGAGGAAGAACAAGACCCCGCCUGGCGCCGCACCGCAGGCGACGACUGGGGCGCCCCCGAAGACAUUGCCAUACUCGAGCGUGAACGCGCACGUCAAGAGUGGCGGGAACGCGGUAGCAACCUCCUCGUCACCAUCAACAGUGAGGAGAGAUUACCUACCCCACGUACACCCAUAUCCCCAGACCAACUAGGCGUACCACCUUCACACGACAGAGGCGACGAAAGAGACCGUCCCUGCACCCCCGCCAGCGAAGCAGACUGGGACGUCGAAGCCGCGGUCGAGCGUCGCGUUGUGCAAGUCAUGUUCACAGUUCCAAAGAGCAAGCUCAGAGUUGUUAAUGCAGAUAUCGAUGGCGCGAGCAUGUUGAGUGAUGUUCCUCCUCGGGAUACUGGGGAUGAUAAUGGGAAUGGGAAUAAUGGGAAGGAGUCGCCGACGAGGGUGAAGGAUCUGGCGGGCAGGGGGUACACCCAGAAUGUCGCCUCGGCCGAGCCCGUCGAAUUCUAUCAAGAGUUUGAAAGUCAGAUCGAAGGGAAGUUCUGCGAGCUUGGCGAGACAGACGAGUAUUAG